UAUCUCUCUAGCUUUAUUUCACUGAUUAGAAAAAAAUAAAAUGUCAGACUCUCCUUGUCCUAGUUUUGGCUAGAGUUAUUAUUUUUCCUAGUGGCUGGUACGACACUGUUUUGGAUUUAGGAGAAAAACAAUAUGGAUAACACACUGAUGUUUUAGUUGUUGCUGAGUACUGCUUACACAGAGUCAAGGUCUUUUCUGUUUUUCCCAUGGUCCUGCCAGCAGGAUGUAGUGGGGGCACAAGGAGCUCAGAGGGAACAGAACAUGGACUGCUGACAUGAGCUGGUCAAAGAGGCAGUCCAUACCACAUGAACAAUAGAACUGGGAGAGUUGGCUGCAGGGCACUAGCUGGGCAUUGGUUGGUGAGUGGUGAGCAAUUGCUUUGCGCAUCACCUCUUCAGUAAAUACAUAUGCAUACUGUAUAUAUCAAUACAUAUAGUAGUUAUCAUUACUAUUAUUUUUCCUUUCCUUUUCUUAGUAAGUAAUUUUGAUGUCAGCCCACAAGUUCUACGUUUUUAUUUCAAUUCUCUUCUGCAUUUCACUGCUGGAGGGGGUGAACAAAUGGCUACAUGUUGCUGAGCUGCCUUCUAGGGUAAACCAUAACACUGCUCUGUGGAGAGAUUUCUAAGAGGAGCAGCUAACUGGACAAGAACAAUAAAAUAGCUUACUCAUUUCUAAAACCGUAGGCUAUUUCAGAGCACAUCAUGCUAGGAGUCAAAUACAACUAACAACUAUCUGUUUAAGUCUUGUGUGGUAGCAUCCUCCCUUACAGGAAUAGCGAGCAUCUGAGCAGCCCUUUUUUCCUCAUAGUGCGUUGCUCUGAGCCUUCAACCGGUGGCAGCUGAGUCAUAGGCAGCUUAUGGGUAUUCAGCUUCAGUUCAGCUCAGGGCUUAGGUGAUCUUGCUGCUAUGGAAGAAAGUGAAAUUACACAGCUGUGGGCAUUGUCAAGCCAAUCAGAAAUCUGCCCCUCCUUCAGAUUCAUGCUGCAGUGUAUCACUCCCAGGUGGUGUGCUCUCUCUCUCACCUGUGGACAGUUAGCCUUCCCAGUGAGGCUUAGCAGCUGCAGGGAGUUGGGCCCAGCCAGGAGGCAGCUUGAAUAUGUUCAGGGUUACAUUGUAUUUGUUAACAUAAGAUUAGUAUGGGAACACCAGUGAUGUGGUCCUGUGGAGGCCGAGACAGCCAAGUACAGGGACACUGCAGUCUAUGUGGCACCAACAGACAGCGAGCACAGGAGAAGGAAGGCCAGAGCUACUCGAUCUUAUUCUGUGACAGCGGAGGCUGCGGAGGCUGGAACUAACUGCUGAUGUCAAUUAAUUCUGCAAGCAAGUUUGUUAGACUGACAUAAAGCCCUUCAGGAAAUACAUGAAGAUGGAUGAGACCUACUGAAACAUCUUCCGCAUUCUCUUUCGUCUGGAGGUCUUACCAGUGUAUAUGACUGCCUGAUCGUGAUAGCUCAUCUGUCUGCAUUGAAUGCAUUUUCAAAAACAUAAUGUUUUUCCGUUGCCAGUAAUAGUAACAGAUCUGCUCUAAUGCUGGAGUAUCAGCAAGUGAAGAAAAUUUCUCUACUAAAAGUUUUGAUGUAAUAGAAAAUGUUGGCAUGACCUCUACUGACAGAAAAGUUCUCCUCAACAGUUUUUAAUAUGCAGAGCAAUGGGAGUUCAGCUAAAAAGCUACAUAUGCAGAAAUGCCUCUCAUUUACUCAUGUUGACGCAGCAUCGGUUUCAGGAAUUUCUGAAAAUCUUGAAGUUAGCAAAGAACCUGAUGCACAGAUUUUAAACUACAAUCUAGAGAUACCACCUCAAGCCCAAGUCAUAUCAGUACCACUUUCUUGUUUCUCACCUAUAAUGCAGCAACUGAUAUCUACCAGAAUUAAACAAGCCUCUGAAGUAAGGGAGGCUACAGAAAUACCAACUGUUACUUAUAUUUGGCCAGUGUUAAAGAUAGGAGAGGCUUGCAAAUGUUCCUGGGGCAGACUUCCAAACAUCCCAAACUUAGCAAGGUGCUGCUCUAGUCCUCAUGUAGGAACUGAAGAUGUAAUGUGUUCCCAAGUAACCCCAGUGAAACAGCCUGUACAAGAAGAGCAAGGCAGCAAGACAACAAAAUCAUAUCCUCUUAUUUUAAAAUCUUCCAAUACUGUUGUUUCAGGAAUUCUGAGAUCAUUGGCUAAUGCUGAGAACAAGGACUAUAAGAAUAUUUUACCACUUUCGUCUAUUAGCCCUAUUGGAAAGAAAAUGAAAAUUCCAUUUAAGGAAAAUGCUAUGAUAAUUCAUAAUAGAGAAGUCUACAUCCCUUACAUAAUGAGACGUGAAACUUUGUCAACAGAAAUGGAAAUACACAGUCAAGAUCCGUUGCUCAGGAAGAUCACAGUUUCUUUCAUUACUUGCAGAAUUAUCCGUGAAAGGACAGAACAGUUCCUCAAAAAGGCUGCUUUCCCAUCCAAAGAACUGCAAAAUAGAAAUGAGAGAGAAGCACAACAUAAAGUAGACAAAGAACUAAGAAAGAAAUCUGGUGGUGUUAAAGAUAUAAGAAUACAUCUCAAGAGGAUAAAUCCCAGUGAAUUUAAAGAAGAUUUUGGCAAAGAUUCUACAUUUAAAUGGAAGUUCCCCAAGAAGGCUGCUUCCCCAUCUGAAGAAUCACAAAGGAGAAUUGAGAGUGUAGCACAACAGAAAGAAGACAAUGAACUAAGAAGGAAAUUUGGUAUUGUUAAAGAUAUAAGAAUUCAUCUCAAGAGGUUAAAAUUUCCAUGCGAUUCAGUUGUUUAUCUGCAGCAAAGUUAGCAAGCAAUAACAAAUUACUGUUUCUCUUUGACCUAUUAUCUCCUGUUCAGUUUGUAGCAUUCAAGUCACAAUUUGUCAACUGAACCUUAAACUAAUGUCUACUGAUCCUUUCAAGAUCUUUGAGAAAGACCUACUUUUAUUGUCCCUGAGUGGAAAUUAUAUUGAUGUACACUCAGCAUUCAUGAAAAAUGCGCUAUAACUUUUUGUGAAAUAUUUCAAGGCCAGAUAAAGCAAAACUUUCCAGAGCACAGGUAUGAAUUACUUUUCUUUUUUCCUUUCUGCCAGUACCAAAAUAAAGCAUCUGGUGUUAAAAAAAAAAAAAAAA